AUGUUUUGUUCUUUUGAAUCUAUUGCUUUCAUACUAUCUAUGGCAUAUUUAGAUCACCCUCAGUAUAAAUCAUUUGUCGAUGUUAGUGAUAAUACGCUUUUACAGUUUUGCAAACAUUUGGCAUUAAAUGGAACAAGCAAAAUAUCAUAUAUGACCCGCUUGAAAAUACUAGGCAUUUUUGACGAACAAGAAAGUAUUAAUAACGUUAGAGUUAUUGAUGCUAGAUGCAACGUAUUAUUUAUUAUCACAAAACUAUUAAAAACAGCUCCAUCGGCAAUUGAACAUAUGGUAUGUUCUAACAAUAUCAAUUGUCCUCAAUCUACUAGAGAUGUACCAAGUCCCACAAUAAUUGUACGAUUAAAAAACAAUAUGCAAGAUUUAAAUAAUGCAUUAAACUUGUAUGUAUUUCCCAAAGAGAUAGAGAAUGUCCAUCAAAUCAAUGUACAGGAACAGUAA